GAGAAAGAUGGAGGCCUUUUCGGAAGGCGCGGCGCCGGUGGAGGGGGAGCGGGUACCGCCCGCUGCCGGCCUCUCCGCCCUGGUUCCCGACUGGCUGCAUCAGCGAGAAGCGGAACGGCGAGAGGAGGCGGAGAAGAGGCGGCGAGAACGGGACGCGCAGUCGGUGUUGGAAGAGCAGAGCGAUUUUUUCACCGCCUCCUUUGCCCGCGAGCGGGAGGCCAUCGAAGCGCUGCUGUGGUCGGAGCCGGCUCAGGAUGCCGAAGCGGAUGCCGAAUCCGUAUCUGAAGCGGCUCGGCGGCUGCAGGAUCUGCAGCGGCUGCUGACGGAUUCGGUGCGCUUCUUAGCUCCGUAUGAGGUGCGGCAGGCCCAGGCGGCGCUGAGCAAGCUACAGGGCGCGCUGUCGGAGAGGCGCCUCCAGUUGAAGCCGAAGAAACGCUUCGCCUUCACCAAAGCCCUCAAAAAAGACACGCCCUUCGCUCCGUCCAAGCCGCCCGCUCAGCAUCCUCCACCGGAAAGCUCCGCCAAAGACCAGAAGGAAGCGGCGACCUCCGCGCCGCUGGACCCCAGUUGCGGCUUCAGCCGGGCCGAGGGGCGAACCCUGGAGCUCGGCCCGACCGACCUCCUGCAGCAGGACGUGGUGCUGUCCCACCUCAGGCGCUGCCGGGUGCUGUUACGCGGCAACCCCAACACGCUGCUGGUGCUCGACUGUCAUGACUGCACCAUCCUGUGCGGACCCGUCUCCACCUCGGCGCGAGUGGAUGGGUGCAGCGGUUGCCUCGUGGCCCUCGCCUGCCAGCAGCUCCGGACCCACCGCGCUACGGAGACGAGCUUCUACGUGCAAGUGACUAGCCGAGCGAUGCUGGAGGACUGCAGCGCCGUGCGCUUCGCCCCGUACUCGUGGGAUUACCCGGGCAUGGAUGCCGAUUUCAAAACCGCUGGGCUUGACCGAAGCAAGAACAACUGGGACCAGGUGGACGACUUUAAUUGGCUGGCCAAGAAUCAGGCCUCCCCGAAUUGGUGUGUGAUCCCCGAAAAGGAGCGGAUCACGGAUUGGAAUUGAGUUAACAGCCUUGCAUUUGUAGAAGACUUCCAAAACAGCCGUAUUGAAAAAGAGGAGAGACUUUUAGAAAGGCAGAACUAAAGCUGCAGUAAAUAGUCCUGAAUGACGUUUGGAAUCUCUUUGAUUGGGUUGCCAAAACACUUGUCCUGAUAGCCUUUCACUGUUUGCCUGCUAUCUGAUUCUGUAUCCUGGUACUAAAGUUUAGUGUUGUGUAUGCUGUGGUUCUUUCUACAGAUUUGCAAAUGUACUUGUAAGAUUAUGUUUUUGUCCUCUUAGGAAGAAAAUGUCUGGGGCUGAAGAUUUUAACUUCUUCUAAAAUGUUACCCAGUUAGUAACUUGCUCACUUAAAUGCUGAAUAAAAUUGCUAUUAAUUUACACAUUG